ACCUAAUUGAACCACAGCCAUUGCAAGGUUACUGCUUGCUUUGGCACUGUGUACCUGUUAUCAAAUAUAAACAAGUUGAAAAGUUAUUUACUUCUAUUUUAACCGGCGAUUAUGAAUUCUGAUUAACAUGGACCACAUUUUUUCAAUUAACAGAAGGCCUUCAAAAGGAAGUAACCUAAUGAGACAGGCUUUCUCAGAAAGUUUCGAACACCACAGGCUAAUAUGCUCAGUUUCAAGUGCAAAUGUUGUCGCCUUCAGUACCGAUACAGACAUUGAAGACAAUACUUUAAGAACGUGGGGUGCUCAUGUGUACGUUGCAGAUUUAAACACGCCUUGGUUUGUACACAAGGUAUUAUCGAACUCUGUACCAGUAACAGUAUUACAAUGGGAUUUUACGGGUGAUUUACUGUUAAUUGCGGACGAAAGCGGCAAUGUCAAAAUCUAUCGAUGUCGCGAUCAUCUAUUGAAUGAUUGGAAUCUAAUUUUAAAGACGGAACUUCCAGGUGAACAUAUUUUGGCGGCCGCCUUUUUCCACUGCGGUAAAAAGAUCUGCCUUAAUUCGGAAAAAAAAGACUGCUCUGCGUAUUUAGACAAAUUUCAACAUGUUAAGUUUGCUUGCUCCGUUAAGCAAUUCGGAGGACGACCUGCAAACGGGACAUUAUUGCUGACUACAACCGGAAUGCUCGCUGCGGUUCUGCUUCCACAAUUCACCGCACAAACUUCGAUGAUUAUAGCUACGGAGAGUUUGGGUGCUACGAGAAUACAUAUUAAAACAGCCGACAUUUGUUAUGGAAAAAAUGGUCACUUUUUAUUGGCUGUGAGUAAUGGUGAUGCGAGUAUGCCUAUUCAAUGUUAUAAAGUGCAAGUUCGGAAAGUGGAGGAGAAGUGUGUGAUUACUAGUCAGUCAUUACCUAGCUUUUUUUUGUAUGAAGGUGGAAAGGAGGCUUUGAGCGAUGUAAUUUGUAAAGAAAAGAAGAACACGAUUAGUCAUUUAAAUUGGGUAAUGCGUGAAGAUGCAGAUUCACUGGUUGUUGCUGCAAACAACGACUGCGGAAGUUGCUUACAAGUAUGGGAACUUCGCGAAAAGUCAGUACCUGUCCAUAAACUGUUAGCUGGAGCUGAACCACAAUACUUUAAUACAGUGCUGUGGCAGUAUCAAUCACACUUUAGUUACCCCCACAAAGUGACCUCAUUAGCAACAAGUAAAUUAAUGGUCUCCAACAGUGUGUCAUGCGGAUAUAUAAUUGCGUCGUUCAGCGAUAAUUCAAUCCACUGUCUGUAUAAAGAUUCAUUAAAGUCUUUUACAAAUGCAACAUUGAAUGUAAAUCAAAGACAAAGCGAUGAUUACGGUUCAAAGUAUCAAAAGCUAAACAUACGGAUCUCCCAAAUUGACAUGACUUGGUUGGGCAACCUUCUGUUAAUAGUAGACACGUACGGCUACCUGCAUCUGUUUAAACUACCACCGCAAGUUGACAGCUCGACACCUUUGAGCGUUCCCUACGCGACGACGAUGUUGGAGUAUUGUCUGGUCACUGGGCUUGAUUGGUACGACUUGCUUUUGGCUGUUCGUCCUGGAAUGCUGGAUCCGUUGUGUGAAAGGCUGACCGAAAGCUUUAACCGACAAAUGCCGAAUGUACAACAGUUUUUUUACGUGCAGUAUUUGUGCAUUAAAAUAUCUCUGUACAGGCUAACUCCACAAGGCCAAAAUAAAGUAAAUGACUUAACGCAGCUGCUGAUGCUGCACAGCAUUUCCACAGCUUUCAAAAGCUUGUUGCGUCCCAGCGAAAUGAGCAGCCACGAUAAGAGUCCAGCCGACUCACUAGCAGGUGUAAUAGCGGAGGGCCAAAGCGAUGUCGAUAAAGUGUUAAUACAUUUAGAUGCGAAGGAAUUCACUGUGGAACCUUCGACUUUGCAGAGCCUCCAACAGUUAAUCCAGUGGGUCGCUGAUCUGGCAUUGAACCUACUCGUUAAACUGCCGGACAGUAGACCUGCAGGGAAACCCUACGAAAUAUUGCGAGAUAUCAAAGCUCUGAAUACGUUACGAGAAAUGCUCGUUUUGAUUAGAAUUUGGGGACUUUUACGGCCUGCCUGUCUUCCUGUGUUUACGAAAUCCGAUGGAAACUUAGAUGUACUGGCUUUAGUGUUCAGACUGCUAAGUCGUCUUGUGCAAAAUACGAAUGAACCUGAUGAUACUCUAAUAGAUGAAUGCUGCCUUUUACCUAACCAAGUACAAAUACAAUCGCUACAACAUUCAAAUAACAGGGUAGCUUUAGCAUCGUCACAACUAUCCCAACAAUCAUUUCCCUUACAGUUGGAAUUUCUGAGUGAACCCGAGUAUCUACUCAUCAAUUUGGAUUUUUCCACUAAACAGACUGUCGACUCUAUCAGACAUCUUUAUUUAGGCAGCACACCUAGAGUAGUUAAGCAGUGCGUUCGAUGUGGGGCAUCUGCCAGCACAAUCUCUGUCACACGAACUGCUGCUAUAAGAGCAUGGGAUCAGCGAUGGUCGAGAUCUUGUCAGUGUGGAGGUUUAUGGCGGACUCAAAUUUAUUCUGGAAAUGAAUCAUAUGUAACAUGCCAUUAAAUUUCACAUUAAAUAAUCUUGUAUAUGUUUAUAUUAAAUAUAUAUAUAAUUU